UCGAUUUAGAUUGUAUCUAAGCAACACAACAUUGACUAAACUGAGUAAACAGCCAGUCAUUGUUCAUAUUUGACAAUAAAUAACUUGUAAGAUGUUAUCGCGGCGAGAUAAGCUGCUGAUCCAGCCGUGGGAAGAUCGCAGGUUCAAAGAUCAUCGGUCAAAAGUGCGUUCUGCGCUGCCAGCGAUCGACGCGCGCGCUCCUCCGUCCCGUCCGCACGUGGCGCUCAAACUGAAGCAGUGCCAGCGCGAACUGGAGCGCACGCGCAAGAUCCAGCGCGACAACUUCGGUCUGCUGCAGCGGCUUAACGCCAUUAUGCGCGUCAACCGCCUCGACAACCACUGGCCGAAGCCGCUGCCCAACUUCCAGCAGAAGGUGGGCCUGUUCUACGACGCCAUGUCGCUGCGCAGCCGCGUGACGGCGCGGUCGGCGCCCGACGAGUCUAGCGUCUCGUCCUACCACAACGUCAAGUGCUACGCCUGCGACCUCAAGAAGAAACAUUUCGAAUUCAAGAUGCUGGAAUUAAGAUCACCGGAAGACUCGCUGCCUUCAAUUUUCUAAAUAUUUGUACCAUUUCUUAUUUAAAAUAAAAAUCAAUUAAUAUUGGACAGAAUUUAUUGGUAUAUAGAUACAAAUGGGCUUAAUGUCAGAACAUAAUCGAUAACCUUAAAAUACGGUGUUCACUCUAGUCCUGAGGUUCUGAUGAUAUUACAUUCG